UCUUUUUUGUAAAACGUGCAACUUUUGGAAAUGGAAACAAGUUUGUUUAUUUAUUGCUGCGAACGUCAGAAAAUGGAACAUUACCACAUUCUCGGUAGAAUUGGAGAAGGUGCACACGGUAUAGUUUAUAAGGCGAAACAUAUACAAAGUGGGGAAGUUGUAGCAUUAAAAAAGGUUCCCUUGCGAAAAAUAGAAGAUGGUAUUCCAAAUCAAGGUUUGAGAGAAAUUAAAGCUUUGCAGGAAAUUGGUGGAGAUUCUGAAGAAUCUCAAAAUGUUGUCAAGUUAUACGAUGUGUUUCCCCAUGGAACUGGAUUUGUCUUGGUGUUUGAAUACAUGCUUUCAGAUUUGUCUGAAGUAAUUCGAAACUCUGAACGACCCCUGACAGAAGGUCAAAUAAAAAGUUACAUGAUGAUGCUGUUGAAAGGAGUUGCAUUUUGUCAUAAAAGCAACAUAAUGCAUCGCGAUUUGAAACCAGCUAAUCUACUGAUAAGUUCAACGGGUCAUUUGAAGAUUGCUGAUUUUGGAUUAGCAAGAGUUUAUCAAAAUCAAGAUUCUGACAGACAAUAUAGCCAUCAAGUUGCAACAAGAUGGUACAGAGCCCCAGAGUUAUUGUACGGCGCAAGAAAAUAUGAUGAAGGUGUUGAUUUAUGGGCUGUUGGUUGUAUUUUUGGUGAGAUGUUGAACAAUUCACCAUUAUUUCCAGGUGAAAAUGACAUUGAACAGUUGUGUUGUGUGCUGAGAGUUCUAGGAACACCAAAUGAAAGUAUUUGGCCCGGGAUGUCAUCAUUGCCAGACUACAAUAAAAUUACAUUUCCAGACAAUCCACCAAUACCACUUGAAGAAAUUGUACCAGAUGCAUCUUCAGAGGCACUCAACUUGUUGAAAAAGUUUCUUGUUUAUCCUUCUAAGGAGAGGAUAGCUGCCAAAGAAGCACUACUUCAUCCAUACUUUUUCACCGAACCUCUACCAGCUCAUCACUCAGAAUUGCCAAUCCCACAACGAGUAAAGAAGUCAAGGCAUCACUCAAAAGAAUAUGAUAUUGAUAUACCACUGGAACAAAGUUGCAUAGACCCCAACCUAAUAGACACAUAUUUCACAUGACUUAUGGCAGAAUCAUGUGCGGAAGAAAAAGAUUUGACUACAUCUGCACAGUUCUAUGUACUGGGUCGAUGUCUGUCACAU